AUGUCAACCGCAAACACCACUUUUGACGCCCUUGUUAUAGGGGGCGGUCCAGCUGGACUGUCAGUAGCAACCGGCCUCGUGCGCCAGGUCUACAAAGUAGCCGUCUUCGACUCUGGAGUUUACCGCAAUGCCCCGUCUAACCACAUGCAUAACUUCGCUGCGUGGGAUCACAUGUCACCAGCCGAGUUUCGUUCCAAGGCUCGCCAAGACCUCUUAGGCCGUUAUGCAAACCUAGUGCAGUUUGUAGACAAGCAGGUAGACGUUGCCAAGAAAACUGACUCUGGCUUUGAGCUUGUUGAUGCGGAUGGCAUUACUUGGACAGGCAGAAAGCUGUUCCUUGCUACAGGAUGGAAGGAUCUUUUCCCUGAUAUUCCCGGUUACCCUGAGUGCUGGGCCAAAGGAAUCUUUCACUGCCUCUUCUGCCAUGGGUAUGAGGAUCGAGGCAAACCAUCUGCAGGUGUCCUGGGUAUGAACUUCAGUGGCAGCUCACCUAUGGCACUCCAUCUUGCUCGCAUGGUCCUUCGGCUGGCUGACAAAGCUGUAAUCUAUACCAACGGAGGAGACAGUCUUGGAGAACAAAUCAAGUCAGACCUCACAGCCACUGGUACAGACGGGGCCAAGAGUCGCAUCACAGUAGACAAUCGCAAAAUCGCGGGCAUCUCAAUGAAGUCUACAGACAGCUCGGACAUUGUGAUCAAGUUCGAGGAUGGCUCUGAGGUGGUUGAGGGAUUUUUGGCCCACGGGCCGAUGGGGCAGAUUAAUGGGCCAUUUGCCGAGCAGCUUGGGCUUGAACUUACACCGACCGGCGACAUCAAGACGGAGGGUCAGAUGUUUGAGACUCAAGUCAAGGGGGUUUUUGCAGUGGGAGAUUGUGCUACCAUGAUGAAGGCAGUGUCCCAAGCAAUUGGUAUGGGUUGUCUGGCAGCUGGUGCGGCGGCCGCUCAACUUGGCGCUGAGCUAGCUUGA